AUGGCGUCUGUGUGUAUUCACCCAACUGAGGUGUUGCAUGUACUGAAAACCCUCAAAUGCUCCACAUCCGCAACUUUCGAUGGAAUACCCCAAAUUAUCUAUAAAAAAUGUGCUAUUUCACUUUAUAAACCACUAGCAAUGAUCUUCAAUGCCUCACUGUUGUUUAACGAAGUCCCUUCUUUGUGGAAAGAAUCCAUCGUCACAGCGAUUCCGAAAAGUAGGGAUCAUACUGGUGAUACUGUGCAACCUCAACACCUACCUAGCUACAGUGAUAGGCUGAAAAUCUUUAAAUUGAAAACUCUUCUAUACAGACGUGUUUUCAAUGAUUUAGUUUUCUGUUUCAAAGUUUUGAAAGGCGUACUCAGGAUUAGGCCUAGCAAGUAUUGGGUAUUUAGACCUUGCAGAGGUCGUGUAAGGUUGCUCUCUCUUCAAUAUGUUCGUAUCCACAGAUGUUUCCAAACACAGACCCUUAACUCCCUUUUCUUUCGGGGGGCUAAAUGGUUGCAAAUGCUUCCAUUUAACAUUAUGGAAUACAAUUACGACAUGCCGUUGCAUAUGAAUUUCUAUUUUGAUAUAUAG